GGAGUGUCACAGAUUGAGCGCAGCUCCGCCGCACCGCUCAACAAACAUCAGCCUUCAUAGAGGAAUAAACACGAGCGUUCACUGAGCGUCUCUCCUUCAGUCUUCAAUUCAAGUCAAGGCCAUUCAGCUGGCUUUAUUUUACCCAGAUUCUCAUCUACGGGUGUCCUGCAAGCUGUCUAAUCUGGAGGAGGACGGGGAGACCAGCAUGGCCAUGACGGGAGGUAUGGCUGCGCCACUCCCGAUGAGUAACCACACUCGUGAGCGAGUGACGGUGGCCAAACUCACGCUGGAGCACUUCUACAGCACCUUGCUCACCCAGCACGAGGAGAGGGAGAUGAGGCAGAAGAAGCUGGAGAAGGUGAUGGAUGAGGAGGGUUUACCUGAUGAAGAAAAGAGUAUGAGGCGUUCUCUGCACGCCCGUAAGGAGACGGAGUUUCUGCGACUCAAGAGGACGCGCCUGGGUCUUGAUGACUUUGAGUCCCUCAAAGUGAUCGGGAGAGGAGCAUUUGGAGAGGUGCGCCUGGUUCAGAAAAAGGACACGGGUCACAUUUAUGCCAUGAAGAUCCUCAGGAAAGCAGACAUGCUAGAGAAAGAGCAGGUGGCUCAUAUCCGGGCAGAGAGGGAUAUCCUGGUAGAGGCCGAUGGCGCCUGGGUAGUAAAGAUGUUCUACAGUUUUCAGGAUAAACGCAAUCUUUAUCUCAUCAUGGAGUUCCUGCCUGGAGGAGAUAUGAUGACUCUGCUGAUGAAGAAAGACACUCUGUCUGAAGAGGCUACUCAGUUUUAUAUUGCAGAGACCGUCCUGGCCAUAGACUCCAUUCACCAGCUGGGCUUCAUUCACAGAGACAUAAAACCUGAUAACCUACUGCUUGAUUCACGGGGCCAUGUGAAACUGUCAGACUUUGGUCUCUGCACAGGCUUGAAGAAGGCCCAUCGGACUGAGUUUUACCGGAACCUCACGCACAACCCUCCCAGUGACUUUUCCUUUCAGAACAUGAACUCAAAACGGAAGGCAGAAACAUGGAAGAAGAACCGGAGACAGCUGGCAUAUUCGACCGUUGGCACGCCAGAUUACAUCGCCCCUGAGGUCUUCAUGCAGACAGGUUACAACAAACUGUGUGACUGGUGGUCUCUUGGAGUGAUAAUGUACGAGAUGCUGAUAGGCUACCCACCCUUCUGUUCCGAGACGCCACAGGAAACUUACAGGAAAGUCAUGAACUGGCGAGAAACGCUGAUCUUCCCCCCUGAGGUCCCCAUUUCAGAGAGAGCCAAGGACCUGAUCCUUAGAUACUGUGCAGAUGCAGAAAACAGGAUUGGAUCAGGAAGUGUGGAUGAAAUCAAAUCUCACCAUUUCUUUGAGUCAGUGGACUGGGAGCACAUCAGAGAAAGACCUGCUGCUAUUUCCAUUGACAUCAAGAGCAUUGAUGAUACGUCGAACUUUGACGACUUUCCAGAGUCAGACAUUCUACAGCCAGUGACAAAUGUAACAGAACCAGACUUUAAAUCAAAAGACUGGGUUUUCCUCAACUACACCUACAAACGGUUUGAGGGACUCACUCAGCGUGGAACCAUCCCUACCUACAUGAAGGCGGGCAAAGCAUGAAACAGGGAGUGAUAUCAGCCUACUUAGAACUGGCUUGGAACUUAAAAGACUAUUAAAAUGCAGAUGUCGGCCUCUUGCUUCUUUCAGAGGUUCUCUCUGUUCCCAUGAGCCCGUCUGUAUAGAAGCUUAUGCACUGCUACAUAGUAGACCUGUUCUCACAGGAGUCCCUGGUGAUGAUAAAAAUGAAAAGUAAUUAAAAAAAAAAAAAGAUAGUAAUAAUUGUAUCGCCACCCAAACACAUGGAAAGACUCCUGCUGUCCUGCUGCUCUGCUAAAAGGAGACAUAAAGUUGUCCAAAUGCUUUUUAACACUGGAUCACAGGGUCACAAAUAAAAAAGGGAAGUAGAUACAUCACUGAAGCCUUACGUUUACAUUACAGAGGGUGUAACUUUUAUCCUCAAACCUCUUAGGUGACAAAGCUGCAAUAAAGUCGAUUUCUCUCAGUCACUGUUUAGCUUCUUACCCUGAGGAAGUUGAGCAUCUGUAUAACACCAAAUGGAGGACGUACAUGUUUAACAUGUUAGCACAUAAUUAACUACCUAAUGCUGAAUAGUUUGUUUUUGUUCAUUUGUUUUGUUGUGUGAUUACAACCUACCUAAAUGAAACUUGAAUGUAGAAGACAAGAUGAACUUUGAGUUCAUAAGAAUUGUGGUUCCUCUUUAAAUCGGUGCCAGUGAGUAGCCAAUCCUCCCUUUAUCUGUUCCUGUGCAUUUCACACACACAAAGUGAACUAGUUGUUUCAUUUUUGUUUGUUUUCUCUUUUUGUUUGAUAGUGGGUGUGGUUUACCUAUGCAAUCAUUUUAACUUCUUUUGUUAUGCAUGUUAAAGGUAGCUUCAAUCAGUGGGAAUUUUUGAGGAAAGACCGAUGUUGAAAGCUGUUUUGCUUCUGUAAAGGGCAGUUAAGCUUUUGUUUCGGUGUUUUCCAAAUCUACAUUUAAAACAUGGGUUGAAAAGAGAAUUAAAUAAUCUUUUAAUUUGCAAGAACAUUUUAGCAUAUAAUCAACAACACUAACUGCAUUGUUAGACAAGAGAUUGACAAAGCUUCUACACAUUAAUGAAUAGUACAUAAUGCCAGUAAAGGCGAAUCAAUGUAUAACACAAAACUGAUGAUUAAACUUCCAGUAUAGAUCAUUUUUAAAGCAAAGAGAUAAUGGUGAUAAGAGAAAGGUGAUGGUUAAGUAUUAGCAUUAUUGUUUAUAGAAAUUUUGAGAAAUCAUAGGCAUCAGUGGAAUAAUUUGACACUCAUUGAUUUAAUGGUCACUCAUCUCUAAACAUCUCUUAUAAGCAUUCUUAACUGACAUCUGCUGUUGUGCAUGACUACUGUUUACUGGCCUGAUAGGCUAAAGAGAGAACAAAUGCUGUAGCUAAGGGGAAUUUGUAAUGUGUAAAAGAUUUGGUGCUGGGGUUUUUUACUUUUGCCAUUUUGUUAUAUGUUGACUUGAUGGAAGUGUAAAAAUUAAAGAGCAAGAAAUAAAUGUUUAAAAUAUUACAA